CAAAUCAGAAUUUCGUUGGGUCAUCUGGGAUCUAAAAGAUGUUUUCUACUCUCUCUUCGCUCUUCCGCUUGUAUCUAAGUGGGCAUUCUCAUUUUCUAAAUGAGGUUGGUAUCACUUCUGCGGCUAAGAUCUGUAUUCAUCCCUGGCUCAUUCACCCACUACCUACCAGGGACAACGAGAGGAGUACUACUCAUCCAAAUCCGGAUUUGUCGUACUUUAAAAGCACAAAAAAUGCCGCGUCAAGUUCCGUCUGAUUUGUUGUGGACCUUGGUCCGCGACAACUCCAGCUUCAUCAAGAAGCAGAAGAACAUUCCGGUGUUCACUUCUGAGCCGAACAACCUGACCGGCUUGAACUCCUUCAAGUUCUCCGGUUUGGCCAACAAGAAGGCUGCUGGCUUGAAGAUCGUGAAGAAGGGAAAGAAGGAAUCCGUCGUCUUGACCCAGAAGCUCGGAGCCAAGCAGUCCUCCUUGUCCACUGGCGUCAAGAAGUGCGCCAAGAAGGGUGCCCAGCAGCUCGAAUCUCUCCUCAGCAAGGCUGGCUUCCGUCGCGACCUGGUCCCGGCUGCCCAGAAGAAGUACUUGGCUGCCUUGAAGUCCUUCAAGAAGGCCAAGGUCCAGAAGCAGAACCAGCGCAUCGUCGCCCGCAAGGCCGCUGUCGCUGCUGCCGCUGAGGAGAACUAAGAAGCUCAAGGUCUCUCUGCCUUGGGGAAAGUUUCUGUGCUUUUUGAGGUCGCAAGAGAAGAUGGCGCGGAUGUGGAGAAUGAUGAGGUACUUGCAUUUAGUUCAUCCCCAGGAUGUAGAACACCUACAUACGCGCGAUUUGCUUGUAGUUCAGGCACUGAUACUUGUUAAAGCGAAUGAUGUAAAACGAAGAUGAACUUCGAUCACCAGUCACACUAGAUUUUUAGCCGAUUUGCGAAUCACCAGUCACACUAGAUUUUUAGCCGAUUUGGUGUCUUGCAGCAGAGAAUGAGUCUACUAAUAAUCUCGCUAUUUUCAAAUCGUAAUCAGAAUAACUCUCCUCAAAAUGCGAUCAGGUCCAAAAAAGCCGGACGAUCUUCCGUGGAGCGCACUUUUUAUCGUGACGUUGAGAUGGGGGGAUUUGUUUUCUCUGGGAAAACUCUGGGAGGGCAAGGACCUGUGUCUUUGACACGGGUAAGUUAUCCGGUAGAGCUGCUUUUCGAGCUGGAGAAGGACGAUGAUCUUUCAAUGAGACUCUAUUGUUCGUGCUGUAUCUUGUUGUGACUCUAUCAAAAAGUGCAUGGGCAAGAAGUGCUUUCUUAUAAAAGUAUGAGCGAGCAGGUGCUUCGGCACUGCAGGGUUUUGGUUUAUCUGGUGUUUUUGUCUGGCGAACAACACAGGAGCAGCGGCACAAUGGCUUGUGAUACUGAAUCUGUACGUCGCAACUACUAUUACUAUAAACCGCUAUGAAAGUGAU